AUGUCUAACUUAAAGUCUUUUUUUCACCCUGCUCUUGUUGUUUCCAACAUCCGGAACCACAUUCCCAUCAUUCUUGAGAUGGAAAAUGUCCAAUACACGACUUGGGCGGAACUCUUCAAAAUUCAUGCACGUUCCCAUAGAGUAAUUGAUCAUAUUAUACCUCCAGCGAUAGGUAAGGAGAAAAUGCCUCAGAUAGAGGAGGCGCAAGAACUAUGGUCAACUCUUGACGCUACUAUUCUUCAGUGGAUUUACGCUACUAUUUCUCAUGAUCUUAAUACCAUUCUUGAAACUGACACCACGGUCAUAGAGGCUUGGAAUAGAUUGCGUGACAUAUUCCAGAAUAACAAAUACUCUCGUGUCGUCACCCUUGAGCAUGACUUCACUCACACAGACAUGGCAAAUUUCCCAAAUGUCUUUGCCUAUUGUCAACAUCUCAAAUCUUUGUCAAAUCAACUCAAGAAUGUCGGCUCUCCCAUUGACAACAAUCGACUAGUUCUUCAACUGGUCUCUGGUCUCAUUGAACCCUACAACAGUGUGGCCACCUUUAUUCGCCAAACGGAUCCCUUGCCCCACUUUUAUCAAGCUCGUUCGAUGCUCACUCUUGAAGAGGUCAGCCUUACCAAAAAGGCGGCAUAG